UUUGAACAUUUAAUUAAAUCAUCGUCAGAAUUCGAAGAAACAAUAAGAAAAUCUCAAUUGAUAAUUACUUUUUCCAAAUAUGUACUCGACUCAAUCUUCCCAAGCAAGUUGAAGUCUGAAGUUUUUACAUAUCCUAUUCAAACAAUUGAAGAAAGACAACAAGUUCAUUGUCCACACUUGUUGAAAACACUUGUGACUUCCUUUUGUCUCUAUCCCAAGUGUCAAUGGCAACAUCAUCAAACAACAAGACUUCUUCUGUUGCCUUCCACUAGUUCUUGUCAAAAAAUCAGCUUGCACAGCGAUACCAUAAGCAACAGCUUCGUCUGGGUUGAUGAUUUUUGGGGAGAAAGUCACACCAUAAUUCUUUUUGAUUCUUUUUACUAA